AUGCGGAACAGCGUGCGCGUGGCCGUCAGGACGCGGCCAACGCCCAACUUCAAUGAUAAAUUAUUCUGCAUCGAUGAAGAACAUGGGACAAUCGACGUAACGGUGCCGUCCCGAAAUGACGUGUCCCAUUUCAAAUUUGACAAAAUGCUACACAACGCCCCCCAGGAGCGUGUCUUUGACGACUGCGUCCGAGACAUAAUCACCAGCGUCAUGGAGGGCUACAACGGUACGGUUAUGGUCUACGGACAGACAGGAGCGGGCAAGACCUUCACGAUGAGCGGCGGUCCUCGGAAUUUUGAGCUACGGGGGAUCAUUCCGCGGGCCAUCAGCGCCAUCUAUGAGGAGGUGUCGAACAGGCCCGAGACCGCGUACACUAUCCGCAUCUCGUACACUGAAAUCUACACCGAAUUCAUGUACGACCUUCUCUCGUCUCUUCCGGUCGGCAAGCAAUCAGGAACCGAGCUGCAGAUUCAGGAAGAUGCGAAAGGAGGCCUCUUCGUACGCGGUUUGACGCUCCGCCUAGGUGCUACAGAAGAAGAAGCGUUGAACCACUUCUUUGAAGGUGACAUGAAUCGGGCUGUUGCAGGACACACGAUGAACGCUCAGUCGAGCAGAUCUCACUGUAUUUUCAGCAUCUACAUUGAGGGCAAGUCGCGAGUCGAGUCAAACGAUAGAAUCGUGACUUCCAAACUUCACCUUGUGGAUUUGGCUGGCUGCGAGCGGGUCAAGAAAACGAAGUCGGACGGCAUCCUCCUGCGAGAGAGCUCAUACAUCAACAAGUCCCUCUCUUUUCUCGAAAUGGUUGUUGUGGCUUUGGGAGAGAAGGGUCGUGAUCACAUUCCUUAUCGAUCCUCGAGGCUGACUCAUCUUCUCAAGGAUUCUAUUGGGGGGAAUUGCCGGACAUGUAUGAUUACAAACAUCUGGCCGGAGCCUCAGCACAUGGAAGAAACGAUCAGUACCCUCAGAUUCUCUACGCGAAUGAUGCGCGUGUCCAACAAAGCAGUCGUCAACGUCCAAAUUGAUCCGUUAUCGCUCUUGCGAAAGUACGAGCGUGAAAUCCGCUCCCUGAAGCAGGAGCUUCAAAUGCAAAACAACCUCCGCGGCAGAACACAGGUCGCGUAUGAAGCGUUUUCUCCUGACGAAAAGGAAGAGAUGAAAAAGACAGCCCAGGCUUUCUUCGAAGGCGGAACCGAGCUUAUUGAGAUUGUUUCACUCAGGCAGGUAAACGAGUUGAUGCGAACCAUGCGCGAGCUAUACCAGGAAGCCCUUGCCCCGAAGCGAGAUGCAGAGAGCCAGCAGGAGUCAGCUGUAUCGGCACAGGAACCGAGUGACGGCCAGAAUGGAAAGCAGCGAAGUUUGCGAACCGCAGCAGGUUCCUCAUCAGGCGGCUCUGCUGGAACGAAAGAAAACGUGGGAGCGGGUGCGACGACCCUGAAGGCUCAGUCAUCCCCCGCUCUUGGGAAGUCGGGUCCGAUACGGGUUGGCGUCGAAGAUACCGGAGCCGGAGGAGCAUCGCUCGGCAUCGAUCCGGAUCAGUCCAUGCGAGAGUCAAGGCAGAGCAUGGAGAAGAACGACACCCCACAGCAGGCCCAGUACGAGUACACGAAGACCAAGCAAAGCCUCAAGGACAAUUCGCCAGCUCGACUGCCGCUGCUGCGCGCGCGAGAGGGAGAGGCGGUCGAUCGCAAACAGGCGUAUUUUGACUUCAAGCAGGGAGAGGGGAAGAUUUAUGAAGACAGCUUCAUGCAAAUCCGACAGGAACUGAAUGAGAAGCGCUCGGCGUUUACAGCACUCGCCACAAACAUUACUGUUUACGUCGACGAGAUGGAGGCGCUCAAGGAGAAGUUGCGACUUAAGCAAGAAGAAGUCGAGGAGUCCUCAAUGCUGGUACCUGGGAGGGAAGGACAGAGAGUUGUCGAUGAGGAAGAAUUCAUGCUCAUGAAGAAGCUGAAAGAGACGAAAAACAAGAUCAGAGCUGCAAUGAAGGAAAGGAAGAACAUCAAGGCCGCCCUAACGCAAGGAGAACACGAGAUUGCUCGCUGUAAAGUCGAGCUGGUGAACGCCUUCAGCGCAUGGUACCGUGAUCGCUCUCACUAG